AUGCCCGGUGUUGACAGUAACCAGACAACCCAUCGAUAUGAGCCUGCUUGGAUUUCUGAAGUUGACUCCGAGCCACAAACCGCGACCGCCACUGAAUAUAAGCGCCAUGCAGUGUACUCGCGCAAAGAAUGGCUUUGGGAGUUGCUAACUUCGAUUCUGGCCCUGGGCCUCCUCAUUGGAGUUGGCAUUAUCUUCUGGUAUAUGGACAACAAGCCCCUCUCUGCCUGGCAUGCCGUCAUCUCUCUCAACGCGACAAUUUCUAUCCUGACAACUGCAUGCACGGCGGCGUUGAUGUACGGGGUUAGCGCAUUUAUUGGGCAGUCUAAAUGGCUUCACUUCAAGAACGGGCCUCGAAAGCUCACUGACCUUGAAACCUUUGACGAAGCGAGUCGUGGUGCUUGGGGAUCUUUCCAGCUGCUUAUUAUGCUGCUUACUACCGUGACGUGGAAUAUAGCUACCAUCGGCGCACUAAUUACGAUCUUGCGGCUUUCUUUCUCGGCAUUCGCACAACAGGUGGUUCUGAUUAAGCAGCGGGACGUCAUAUCUUCUGCCGGCACAGCCACAUUCGGAUAUGCGUACAAUUACAACCUCGCUGCACAGAAUCGCCUUUUUAACUCCCGUAGCGAGAGCAUCCCGCAGGAUCCCAGUUUACAGUCCGCCAUCUACCAGGGCAUAUAUGGUAUCAACACCACAGAACCUUUCAACUGCCCCGGGAGAUGUCGCUGGACCGAAUCAUACAUAUCACUUGGGUUUAAGUCAGAGUGCAGAAACGUCACCCGGGAAACAUUGCAAACGGCCACCUGUGGGGGUGGUGAAUAUGCGCUGCAUCGAUGCAAUAUGACAACACCAGGCGGAGUUGAUGUUGCAACUCGCUUUUGGUUUACCGAUUUAGCGACAACAUACUAUAUGAAUGUAUCCUCCACGCUGAAUGCCCCCAAAGGUGGGUUGUCGGAUACAUUUCCCGAAAUCGCGCGGUUUGCAAUCUAUAGAUCGACCCCGGAUAGCAACUUUGUGGUGAGCAACGUCAACAUCACAGAAUGCUCUCUCUUUCUCGCGGUCUACGAGUACACAGGUGCCCAGGCCAAUGGUAGUGAUUUCUCUGUGAACAGGCGAGAGGUCGAUCUCGGACUGAAGAAUCCCUGGAUGAUCACCUCCAAACCAAACCAGGGCAUACUCCAGCAGGCGCACACCAACGAGACAACAACUAGCGGUGGUAUUCAUGUUCCUGCGCUUGAAAUAAACUUCCCCGGUCUCAUCGCGCUGGUAAACUUCUUGGAGUCCACGACAAUGGUUACCGAGUGGGUUGAGGGGAACUUCGCCAAUACGAACCUUGGUGUCGCUGCUGCUCUAAUUGGUGACGUGGACCUUGGAGCCCGGUUCAACAAAAUGGCGACUGCCAUGACAGACUAUCUGCGGUAUGGUCCGAAUACCCAGUCUGCGCAUGGAGAAGUGAUUCAGAGCGAGGCAUUUGUUUCCAUUCGCUGGUGGUACUUCGUUGUUCCCGUUGUAACUGAGGCGUUAGCGAUUUUGUUCGCCAUCUUGACUAUCUUUAGCAAUCGUCAGAGCCGCCGUGUCCCUCUGUGGAAGUCUUCGACGCUUGCUGUGCUAGCUUGCGAACAUAAGGAACAGUUUGGGCUCCUGCAGAGUACGGCCAAAGAUCUUAAGCAAAUCGAGGACGAGGCUGAGAAGGCUGACGUAAUGCUGCGAUAA